GUGUUAUUCUCAAAUUAAAAUAAUAACAAGGGCGUGGUGGCUGAGGAACGAGGAUACAUGCAAAUGUAUUAUUAUAAAGAUGGAUGAUAAGAUAAUGAAAUAAAUGAUAUAAUUAAUUAGCGGUUGAUGGUUGCGGUAAUGAUAUUUAUGAAUUGAUUAUUACAUGUAAAGGUGUGAGAGUGACAUUGAGAAGAGUAAUAAGAGAUUAGGAGUCUAAGUUCAGUUCAUGUAAAGCUGUGUGGGUCCCACCCUCUCCCUCUCUUCCACAAUCAACUCUGUGUGUGUGUGUGUGUUCUCCCAGAAGAGAGAUUCAUCCAUUCGUAUCACUUCGUUCCCCAAAACCUUCCAAUCACUGCGAACCAAUUCUUAUCUUCUCGGCUUCUCCCCCAAAUUUCUGAUGUGAGUCUCUCCUCCUUUUCUUCUUCUAUUUGAUUAUGUAAUUAUUUAAUUAGUGAGAUUAUUAUUUAUUUGUUUGUUUAAUUUUAAAUUUGGAUUAGAAACCCUAUAACUUGUGUGAAUAUGAGGUGUGGGGUUUUUUAAGAAUGAUAACUCUGAGAAAUGGUUUGGAAAAGCAUGGAAAGAGGGUUGUCUCCUUUGUUGUUUAUGCUGUUGGUUUUUUCUGUUUCUGCAAUCGACGUGGAAUAUGCACAUUGCAGUUGUGAUGAGGAAGGGAUUUGGAGUAUACAGAGCAUUCUGGUUUGCCAGAAAGUAAGCGAUUUCUUCAUUGCUAUUGCAUACUUUUCCAUACCCAUUGAGCUUCUUUACUUUGUCAGCUGCUCCAAUGUUCCCUUCAAAUUGGUCUUCCUUCAAUUCAUUGCCUUCAUAGUCCUCUGUGGAUUGACCCAUUUACUCAAUGCCUAUACAUACUACGGACCUCACUCUUUCCACUUGUUUCUUUCCCUUACCGUUGCUAAAUUCCUCACUGCUCUUGUCUCCUGUGCCACUGCUAUUACCUUUCCCACUCUCAUUCCUCUUCUUCUCAAAAUCAAAGUGAGGGAACUCUUCUUGAGGCAGAAUGUGUUGGAAUUGGGCCAAGAGGUUGGGAUGAUGAAGAAACAGAAGGAAGCCAGCUGGCAUGUUAGGAUGUUGACUCGUCAGAUUAGGAAGUCUCUAGAUAAGCAUACCAUCUUGCAUACCACCCUUGUUGAGCUCUCCAAGGCCUUGGACUUGCAUAAUUGUGCGGUUUGGACGCCUGAUGAGGACAGGCGAGAAAUGCAUUUGACUCAUGAGGUGAAACGAAGCUCACCAAAUAAUUUUCACAGUUCUAUUCCUAUAAAUGAUCCAGACGUGUUGGAGGUAGAGAAGAGCAAAGGGGUGUGGAUUUUGAGACCUGAUUCUGCACUAGGAGCUGCAAGUAGUGGUCGAUCCGAGAAUUCUGGUCCUAUAGCUGCCAUUCGCAUGCCAAUUCUUCAUGUUUCGAAUUUCAAAGGAGGGACACCAGAGUUGGUUGAAACAUCUUAUGCCAUACUGGUUUUGGUUCUUCCAAAUUCAAACUCAAGGGAUUGGACCUCCCAUGAAAUGGAGAUAAUGGAAGUAGUUGCUGACCAGGUGGCUGUAGCCUUGUCUCAUGCUUCCGUUCUUGAAGAGUCCCAGCUUAUGAGCCAGAAACUUGCUGAGCAAAACCGGGCUUUGCAACAGGCUCAAAAGAAUGCAAUGAUGGCCAGCCAGGCAAGGAGCUCGUUUGAGAAAGUUAUGAGUCAUGGAAUGAGGAGACCUAUGCAUUCAAUCCUGGGCUUGCUUUCAAUGUUUCAAGAGGAUAGUGUAAGAUCUGAACAGAAGAUUGUUAUUGACUCAAUGUUGAAAGUUAGCAAUGCGCUCUCAAGGUUGAUUAAUGAUGUAAUGGAGAUUUCAGCAAAUGACAAAGGAAGCUUCAAAUUAGAGAUGAAACCUUUCCAUCUUCAUUCGAUGAUGAGGGAAGCUUCUUGUAUUGCCAAGUGUUUGUGUGUAUAUAAAGGCUUCAGUCUUGAUGUUGAUGUUGACAAGUCUUUGCCUGAUCUGGUCAUAGGUGAUGAGGCAAGGUCUUUUCAAGUAAUUUUGCAUAUGGUUGGCUAUUUAUUGAACAUAUAUGAUAGAGGGACUCUCAUUUUUCGAGUUUUUUCUGAAAGUGAUAGUGGAGAUAAAGAUGAUAAAAGUUUUGGAACAUGGAGAUCAACCAUGCAAAAUGAUUAUGUACAUAUAAAAUUUAAUUUUGAGAUAGCUGGUAUUAGUUCCCAGUCCCACUCAGAGUCAAUUUCAACAAUAAAUUAUACCGGUAGAAGGCACUACAACAAUGAAACUAAGGAGGGCCUAAGCUUCAGCAUGUGCAAAACGCUGGUGCAGAUGAUGCAUGGUAAUAUUCGGAUAUCACCAAACUCUCUGGGUUUGGCACAAGGGAUGACACUUCUUCUCAAGUUUCGUAUAGGAUCAUCGCUUGGAAGAUUCAUUCUUGCUCCUAAAGAUUUUUCAAACCCGCAGUUUAGAGGGCUUAAGGUCGUGUUAGCCGAUGAUGAUGAUGUAAACAGGACUGUGACCAAGAAGCUGCUUGAGAAGCUGGGUUGUCAAGUAACUGCUGUUCCAUCAGGUUUCGAAUGUUUGGGUGCUAUAAGUGCCUCUGGUAACUCAUUCAAAAUUAUCCUGUUGGAUCUUCACAUGCCUGAAAUGGAUGGUUUUGAAGUUGCAAGAAGGAUUCGGAAGUUUCAAAGCCGUAAUUGGCCCUUGAUUAUAGCUUUUACUGCAAGUGCAGAAGAACGCAUAAAGGAGAGAUGCUUACAAGUGGGAAUGAAUGGAUUGAUUCGAAAACCCAUCCUCCUCCAUGAUAUAGCAGAUGAACUUAGAACAGUCCUGCAACGUGCAGGUGAAAAACUGUAAAAACAAUUUUAAAUAUAUCAAUUUUUUUAGGUUCCUAAAAAUUCAUUAUUUCGACAUUCUGACACUGUUAACAAACUAAAUAUACUAGGUUUAUUUUGCUAAACUAUUUUUCUGUUUGAUCUUUUUGCCUUAUAAUGAAUUAUGGCUCUCCUAGGUGUAUAGAGCUGCCUGCCACCAUCAAACAGAGAAAGAAGAAAUAAAAAAUUCUGAGAAUGCAUAUAAUUUCUUGUAGUUAUUUUUGAAAAAUGGAUCUGAAGAAUGUGUGAAAACUAUGAAAUGAUGAAUUUUUUUAGCGUAUGUUUUGUAAUUGUGAAUAUAUAGUUGUGAAGUUAGUUGUUUUUUGUUGGAUAAUAUUAACGAAGUUGUAAAAAUUGAGAUGUUUCAACUU